UAGCAACCGCCUCAUUUGAAGCUCCUUCGUAACCUCGAACCUUUCUAUCGACUUUCGCAAAACCCACUUCGAUUAUUCAUACACCACAUUCGAUUUACAAUUUAGUCGAUACCCAAUCUUCCACACGAAUCCAGUCAACAUCCCUAUUCCGCCUCCGUCACUUAAUACUCCCCCAACUCCCAUCAACACAAACAUGGCCUCGGAUCAAGAACGGGAGCACGCGCUCCAAGCCCUCCGUGCUAAACUCAUCGAGUCGCGGGAGUGGGAAUCCAAGUUAAAGGCACUACGCUUAGAUAUCAAGGGACUAGAGAAGGAAUUCAAUCAGACCGAAGAGAACAUCAAGGCUCUACAAAGCGUUGGACAAAUUAUCGGCGAAGUCUUAAAACAAUUGGACGAAGAAAGAUUCAUCGUCAAAGCCUCUUCGGGGCCCCGCUAUGUCGUCGGCUGCAGAUCCAAGGUGGACAAGGCGAAGUUGAAGCAGGGAACCCGAGUAGCGCUGGAUAUGACGACACUCACCAUUAUGCGAAUGCUUCCGCGGGAAGUCGACCCGCUCGUCUACAACAUGUCGCUAGAAGACCCAGGCCAAGUUAGUUUCGCAGGUAUCGGUGGUCUGAACGACCAGAUCCGCGAGUUGCGCGAAGUCAUCGAACUACCGCUCAAGAACCCAGAACUCUUCUUAAGAGUCGGCAUCAAACCACCCAAGGGCGUGCUAUUAUACGGACCUCCGGGUACGGGAAAGACUCUACUGGCCAGAGCUGUGGCCAGCAGUUUAGAGACAAAUUUUUUGAAAGUCGUCUCAUCGGCCAUCGUUGACAAGUACAUUGGCGAGUCCGCGCGAUUGAUAAGAGAGAUGUUUGGGUAUGCCAAGGAACACGAGCCAUGCAUCAUCUUCAUGGACGAGAUCGACGCCAUCGGCGGACGAAGGUUCUCAGAGGGUACUAGCGCAGACCGAGAGAUCCAGCGAACGCUGAUGGAGCUACUCAACCAGCUCGACGGUUUCGAUUAUUUAGGCAAGACCAAGAUCAUCAUGGCCACGAACCGGCCCGAUACUUUAGACCCCGCGCUUUUGCGAGCUGGUCGUCUGGACAGAAAGAUCGAGAUCCCGCUGCCGAACGAGGUCGGACGUCUCGAGAUUCUUAAGAUCCACGCCCAGAGCGUGGUUACUGAGGGCGAAAUCGACUUCGAGAGCGUGGUCAAGAUGAGCGAUGGCUUGAACGGAGCAGAUUUACGGAACGUGGUUACUGAGGCUGGUCUUUUCGCCAUCAAAGCCUACCGGGACGCCGUCAACCAGGACGAUUUCAACAAGGCGGUGCGGAAGUUAGCGGAGGCGAAGAAGUUGGAGGGCAAGCUGGAGUACCAGAAACUAUAAGACAAGCGUGGCAGGCAUGAUAGCAAGAGACGAGAAGCUUAAGUCACUAAAUUUUCUUUGGCUUCCUUUCGAGGGAGAUAGGGUACCCUGGCCAAACGAAAUAUCACGAGAAUUGCCGUCGGUAGCACAUACGCCUAGCACGAAGGAAUAGGUGGAUUAUAAAAGCCAACCUCAUAGACGAAACCCUCAGUGUAAAAAUAUGUGUAGAAUCCGGGCGAGGCUCUUCAUCGGCCGAGCUCAUAAUACGAAGGAUGGAUUAUGGAUCCUACAGUCAUGUAUCCCUCUUGAAUUGCUGUUUUCUCGACCUCGUUCCCGUAAAGUGUUGUCUGGUAUAAAGGGGUGCUUGCCUUGCUUACACAAAUAGUAUAGGUGGACAAAAAUCAUCCUAGGUUUAUAGGUGAGACAAGCGUAUGUGCACGAGAGCCACUGUGUUUAGCAACCGACGUGUGACCAUGGUGUCCAUCGCCUGGGUUUUGUUCCGCCCAUUUACUCACUCGCACACUUGUCAUUUCGAUCUCACAAGGCCUAAGUAGGGUCACUUCUUUCCACAAUUUUUUCUAGAAAUACCAAGAAUUUGAC